AUAUAAAAAAAAACAAGAAAAAAAAUCAAAUUUUCCAGAUCGCAACGUGUAGCAUUUCUCUCGCUUACAUAAUAAAAGUUUAAUUUAAAAUUUGUAUCAAUUUUUUACGAAAAUUAUUUUUUUAUCCACAUAUAUGGAUUGAUUAUUUUUUAUUAUUAUUUAUGAAACGACAAAAAAAUAUAUAAAUCAAACGCAUGAAUUGUAAAUAAUUCACAACGAAAGUGCAUAAUUUUUAUUAAACACACACAAAUUCCAAAAAAAAAACAAUAUUUAAAUCACAAAAGCAAUAUUUAUAAAUUUAUAAAAGUAAAAUGUAAAAUGAAAAUAUUUAAAUAAUUUCAAUGUUCAGUGGUUCUUAAUAAAAUUACACAAACUAAAGAAAAGCAUAAUUUUAUUCGUUAUCCAUAAAUGCGAAAACCAAAUACAUAAAUUAUAAGUUUAAAAGAAAAAUCUUUAUUUUAUUAUUAAUUAAUGUUAAAAAUACUCUAAAAUCCGAAAAAGUGUUGUAUAUAAUAAGUAUGUAUACAUGCCAGAGUAUCUAGAUAUUUUAAAUUCUUUGACAAAAUCCUCUUCAAAAUGCCGAACAGUAUUUCAACAAACAAAAUUCCAAAUGAACUUUUUCAAGGUUAUUCCGAUGAACUAUUAAAUUUUGCAGCUAUAGCAUGUAUCGUAUUUGUCGUCAUCGGUGUGCCGGGCAAUAUUUUAACUAUAGUUGCUCUAUCGCGAGGGAAACAGAACCGCAAUUCCACAGCUGUAUUUAUAAUAAACCUAUCAAUUUCCGAUUUAUUAUUUGGUUGCUUCAAUUUGCCUUUGGCAGCAUCUACAUUCUUGAGACGUUCAUGGAUACAUGGGGAUUUAUUGUGUCGUUUAUUUCCCUUAUUGCGCUAUGGACUAUUAGCGGUGUCACUUUUUACUGUAUCCUUGAUAACCAUUAAUCGUUAUGUUAUUAUCGCCCAUCCCAGACAUUAUACAAGGAUUUAUCAACAUCGUUAUUUGGCUUUAAUGGUGGUUGGUACAUGGUUAUUGUCUUUUUCAAUUAUGAUUCCAACAUGGCGUGGUAUUUGGGGAAAAUUUGGUUUGGACACUGAAAUUGGUUCAUGUUCUAUACUACACGAUCACAACGAUCGUUCACCCAAGGAAUUUCUAUUUGUGCUGGCAUUUAUGGUGCCUUGUUUAUGUAUUGUAUUUUGUUAUGCUCGUAUAUUUUAUUUGGUUCGCAAGGCAGCUUUCCGUUCCAGAGAACCGGCAUCAAAGCCCAUAGCAGUUAAAGGAGCCGAAGCGAAUCGAAGUGACACAGAUCAAGAGAAUGUUAAAUCGAAUAACAAAGUAGUAGAUGCUGGUGGUGGUGACGGUUAUUUGGAUCUAAAAGCCUUCACUGUUACCGACGAUAUACAAUUCAUAGAUGAUAACUAUUCUUUGGAUAAUUUGCCAAUAUCAUAUGAGAAAAUAAGUCCUAAGGCAGAAGAGAAAUCAAAUAUAUCUUCCAGUUUAACAAAUGACACAACGAAAUCUACUCAACCCCUAAGUAAUUCUAACAGUAAAAAUUCAACAGCUGCAAAUCAGAAUUCAUCUACACGCCAAAAUCCCAUCAAAACUUCCAUUAAAACAUCCUUUACACGUUUUAGUCCUCGUAAAAAUCAUUAUGUUUCAAUGGGCAAUACAUCGAAUGCUUCGGCAAUAUAUCCAGGACGUAUGAGUAUAAAAGAUCGUAGGCUCUUGAAAAUGAUACUAGUGAUAUUUGUAUCGUUUGUCAUUUGCUAUUUGCCCAUAACAUUGACUAAAAUUUGGAAAGGAGCCAAUGAUAAUCAUAUUUUCAAUAUUAGCGGUUAUCUACUGGUCUAUUUGACAACUUGCAUUAAUCCCAUAAUUUAUGUUCUUAUGUCGUCGGAAUAUCGUCAGGCCUACUGGAAUCUACUAAGAUGCCGAUGUAAAACCUCAAAUCAAAAAGAUUUUAAGCGUGUUCCAAAGAUAUAAUUUAUUUCUUCAUACUUCAUAAGCCGAAAAUGUAGUAUGAAAAACCUGCUAAAAGUUUAGGGCCGUUUUAUCAAUGGCUGACAUAAACUUACGUGUAAACAUUAUGUAUUUGUACAAUAUUUGAUCACCUAAUAAAAGUAUUAUUGUUUUUAAUGAACUUAGAACUAGUAAUGAAUAAAAUUGUGUAUUUAUA